GUUUGCUCGGGCUUUUUCUUAUGAACUCUGGGACUCUAUGGGUAGGGUGGAUGAACGAGUACAAGUGUAGACAGCAGGAUCUUUGGUAUUUCCGAGUGCAAUACAGUAGCUCAUGGGCCUAGAGGAAACUUCUAAAAAUGAGGGAUGUGAUUUCCCCUUGGAUGAAGAAGCAAAAUAGUACUGUUUUCUGGGAAUCAAAGGAGAUGACGGUUUACUCAGUUUGUAGGGUCUGGGAAACCUUGAGAAACAGGGCUCCUACAAUCUCAUGGUAUAAACUUGUCUGGGGCAGGAAUUGCCCUCCACGCUUUAGCUUGAUUGUCUGGCUUAUCAUGAGAAAUGCCAUUGUUAUAAGGGACAAGCUGCAGAAGUGGGGUAAAAUCAUGGAUGCUUCUUGCCCUCUUUGUGGUUUGGCAGUAGAGAACAGAGAUCACCUCUUUGUUCAAUGCUCGUUUUCACGUCGUCUAGCUGCUGCACUGAAGUGUCAACUCAUGCUGCACUCAGAUUGGGAGGCAAUGGUAAGCUCAAUGAUCCUGGUUGGCAAUGCUCGAACAAGAGACUGGCAUGCCCUAAUUUGGUGUCUGUUAAUGACGUUUAUUUGGAAGGAACAGUGCGGAGUGACUCAUGGAUCUCCUUGUCGUUCCCCAGAACAGGUUGCAGAGUUGAUAAGAAUGGAUUUGCUAUUUAUCUCUUGUGGGAAUAGAGAGAUUCAGGAUGCACUAGUGGGGUUGGGAUACCUUUAGGUCUUGUUUUGUUGGUACUUCUAUAGUAUACAUACUUACAGAUAGCAGUGGGAGUUAGUUAGUUCCUCUCGGGAUUGUAAUCUCGACUCGUUGUAUCGGUUUCUUCUCGAAAUAAAAGCAACUGAUUCAACAGAAAAUAAUAAUAAUAAAUGUAACUCAAGGCAUAGCAUAUUUAUUAAGUACUAUCCAAUCUAUUUCCAAAUUUACUGCCGUCCAUCAAAAGCAAUUACUUGAGUAAAUAAUCCAGUCACAAAUAAAUGGUAUAACAUCAA